UACCGGCUAAACGUGGGAUUCCCACAUGGCGGAUGAGCUGGGAGACGAAUGGUGGGAGGAGCCGGCCGGUGACGCUGCUGAUAACUCAGAACCGGCUGAAGAAGUGAGGGAAAGUGCUGAAGAAUCUAAAGGAAAGAAAAAGAUCUCAUCAGACAAACCCAAAGUAAAGAGAAAGAAAGAGGGAAAAGACUGUGCACCUCGAGAAGCAGAAAAAGAUGAUUCGGCACCAAAAAGGAAAAGAAGAAAGAAGAAGACAAUUUCUGAUGUUCUUGCUAACAAGGCUCCAACAGCCGGCACGCCAGACGAUAUGCAGAAGCUGGUGCUAGAGCACUUUGGUGCCAAACGCUCUGUGAUUGAACUGGAGGAACUACAAAUACCAGAUACCUGCUUUGUGAAAGCAAAUGACCUUACACAUACUCUGUCCUCGUACCUGAAAGAGAUCUGUCCCAAAUGGUCAAAACUGUCCAAGAACCACAAGGAGAAGUCAUCUGUCUUGCUGUUGGUGGUCUGCAGCUCAGCCCACCGCACUCUGGAGCUCAUUAAACUGAUAAAUGCAUUCAAAGCAGACACAAAGGUUAUGAAGUUGUUUGCAAAGCACAUAAAGAUAAAAGAUCAAAUAAAUCUGCUGGAAAAAAAUGUUACACAUAUAGGAAUUGGAACACCAGGAAGGAUCAAGGCUUUGAUAGAUCAAGAGGGACUGAGGUUGGAAUCCAUGAAAUACCUGGUGUUUGACUGGAACUGGAGAGAUCAGAAAUUGAGGAGAAUGAUGGAUAUUCCUGAGGUGAAGAAGGAGACGUUGGAACUUAUGGAAAGUGGCCUCAUACCUGCGUGUAGAGCUGGGACUCUGAAGAUUGGCCUCUUCUAAGCAGAGACAUUCUCUAUGCCUUGAAGUUUUAUUUUAUGUUUCCAGUGGGGAGAUGUGUCCCCAGUCUGCAUAUAACUGGGUCCUGUGUAAUAAAGUUUUAUCUGAAA